UCAAAAAAUAAUAUAAAUGUCAAUGAACUCAACUAUAAAUAACCCGAUCGAAAGAUAUUGAUUAACUCGGGUAACUAAACUACCAAAAAUAAACCAGUGAGUCCUUAUAAUAUUGAACGAAGCUCAGUUGAAGUUCACGUAAGAAUAAAAUUAAUCAUUACUAAUUUCUCAUUACAUUUAAUCGAUAAUUACACGACAAUUUAGUAAGCACUAACAACGAAGGUGAUAUUUAGCAUUUGCGUGCUUGCGUUCGUUAAAUUUCAGACAAUGAGCAAAGGUCGUGCACUUGAACUUGAAAAAGUCAGAGCCGAUGUUACCUUGCAUUAAUUAUCCGUAAAAGUUUGCUUCUCUCGGUAUAAUUACACCGACAAUGUAAUGAGUAAAAAUAUCUUUCGAGUUGUAAAAGUACAUUUUUUCCGUGACUAUCUGUAUCAGGAUCGGUAAUCCAAGCUUCAGUAACCAAGCCAACAUUAAUUCGUAUCCAGUGAACGCCCACUCGGUAUAUUAGACUAAAUAAAAUGCCUUGCAAAAAGGAAAACAAUAAUUACCGAUCGAUUACUCGGUCAACUUUAUUCUGUUUUUGACUUCCUGACAAUCCGGACGUUUCUUCUCUUUACAAUGAAGAAUUGUGCAAUUUUACGCAUUUAAUUAUUUUUUAUUUUGUGGUAUUAAUUAUGCUUGCGAAUUUUCGCGAAAAUGGACAAGUAUGAAAAUAUUGAAGUUGUGGGGGAGGGAAGUUACGGAAUUGUGAUAAAGUGUCGGCACCGCGAAACUGGAGAAAUUGUCGCGAUUAAAAAGUUUCUUGAAACUGAAGAGGAUGUUCAUGUGAGAAAGAUGGCUUUUAGAGAAAUAAGGAUGCUUAAAAAAUUACGACACGACAAUUUGGUAAACAUGAUUGAAGUAUUUCGUCGGCGCAAAAGAUUCUAUCUAGUCUUCGAAUACUUAGACCACACUGUUCUAGACGAGCUAGAAGUUUCAUCGAACGGAUUGGGCCCGCAAGUAUCUCGUCGCUAUAUAUUCCAAGUACUGCGCGGAUUGAACUUCUGCCACAGUAACCAUAUAAUGCACCGAGAUGUCAAGCCCGAAAACGUCCUGGUCUCUCCCAAUGGCGUGAUAAAACUCUGCGAUUUUGGAUUUGCAAGAGUAAUUACCGGCAAUGAGAGUUGCACUGACUACGUAGCGACCAGGUGGUACCGUGCUCCGGAGUUGUUGAUUGGAGAGUUGAGGUAUGGAAAGGCCGUGGAUGUUUGGGCAGUUGGAUGUCUUUAUGCUGAAAUGGUCUCAGGAGAUCCGCUUUUUCCUGGAGAAAGUGAUGUCGAUCAGCUCUACCAGAUUACUAGGGUGCUUGGCGGGCUAUGUAACAAACAUCAGUCGAUAGUAAACAAAAAUGGCAUAGCAUCAAAGCAUCGCAAAAUGGCCGACGAGUCUGAACUGAAAUCUCUAAAGAACCAUUUUCCUUCCUGGAGUUCAGCUUCUUUGGAUUUCUUGUCCCAAACUCUGAAAAUGGACCCCGAAACUCGGCUUAGUUGCGCGCAACUUCUGCAACACGCGCUUUUCACCCAAGAUAACUUCGCGGAGAAGUUUUUAAGCGAGUUGCAGGUUAUCAUCGCGCGGGAGAAUUCAAAAAAUUUAUUGCAGAAGAGGUUCGAGCGCAGGCUUACGAGCGAAGAAACUCCGAGGUCUUAUGAGAGUGCUGGCAGAUGGAGAACACACUUGAUUAAAGAAAUGGGCUGCAAAGAUGAGGACACGGAAAAAAAACAGAAACAGUCUUUGUUUAUUGGAUCUGUUUCGCUAGGAAAAUUUUACCUCAAAAAAUCAGACGUACCUAAAAAAAAUUUUUCAUUACCUGCGCUACCUUACUUGCAUACUAAGAAUCUUAAAAAAGAGAAAGAAUCUAGAAAUAAAAAUUUUAGGAGCUGAUAUU